CCUUAACCAUGAAAUUAUUUUUGCUACUUCAUAACUGUAAUUUUGCUACUGUUAUGAAUCGUGUUGUAAAUAUCUGAUGCGCAAGAUAUCUGAUAUAAGACCCUUGUGAAAGGGUCUUUGGUCCUCACCCACAGAUUGAGAAAUGCUGGUUUAGAUACUUGGAAUAGUUUAAAAACAAAACAGGAUUAAGAGCGGGAUCAUGAGAGGACUAACACUAGUAAUCUGUCCCCAUAACUCUCCAGCACUUUGCCAAACUCCAUUGGCAGACCUUGGCCACCAUGACCCCCUGCCCUUGUUCCUUGUCCGUGGGCCUUGCGGGCACUUCUCUAACUGGGUGUCUCGAGGCGCGGAGCAUACAUCUGACCCUGUAUCUAAAGCAGGACAAAGGAGGAAGGGGACUGAUGCUUCUGGCCCUCUCCUCCGAAGGCUCUAGAGCUCUGAGCGCCCCAGCAUUCCACCGCUUUGUGCGAAGGGGCGAACCCCGCGGGACGCGGCGUGGAGCUGCCCGCCCCUCCCGUGAGUCGCCGUGGCCGCCCGCGCCGCACCCACUUCCUCUUUCCCUUCCGCGCGCCAGCCAACCGCUCGCCAAAAAUUCCUGUCACUUCUGACAGGAAGCGGGGAGGCCGCGCUGGGGCGACCAGUCGCGCAUCUCCGCCGCGCCCCGGGACCAGGUCUGCUCCUGGGCCGCAGCCCCGCCCGGUCCUCCACCCCCGGCUGGGCCCAGUCUUCUGUCCUCGCCUCGGCCGCAGUCCGCCUGGUCCUCCCUUCCCGUCCCCGCCGCUCGGCCCUCCGUCCUCUCCCGGCCCAGUCCUCUGUCUCUCUGUUGCUCCAUCUUCAGCCACCGCGCAGCCAGGUCCUCCGUCGCGGUGGCGGCCGGGUCUUCAGGCGCGAGCCCGCCAUGGAGGUGGAGGAGGCGUUCCAGGCGGUGGGCGAGAUGGGCCUCUAUCAGAUGUACUUGUGCUUCCUGCUGGCCGUGCUGCUGCAGCUUUAUGUGGCCACGGAAGCCAUCCUCAUUGCACUAAUUGGAGCUACACCAGCGUACCACUGGGACAUGGCGGAGCUCCUGCCCAACCAGAGCCACAGCAACCAGUCUUCGGGCAAAGGCCAGGCCUUCGGGGACUGGCUUCUGACCGCCAAUGGCAGUGAGAUCCACAAGCACGUGCAUUUCAGCAACAGCUUCACCUCUAUCGCCUCUGAGUGGUUCUUAAUUGCCAACCGGUCUUACAAAGUCAGCGCGGCCAGCUCCUUUUUCUUCAGUGGGGUGUUUGUUGGCGUAAUCUCCUUUGGUCAGCUUUCAGAUCGCUUCGGGAGGAAAAAAGUCUAUCUCACAGGUUUUGCUCUUGACAUCUUAUUUGCCAUCGCAAAUGGAUUUUCCCCCUCAUAUGAAUUCUUCGCAGUAACUCGCUUCUUGGUGGGCAUGAUGAAUGGCGGGAUGUCCCUGGUGGCCUUUGUCUUGCUAAAUGAGUGCGUGGGCGCCGCCUACUGGGCACUUGCAGGAUCGAUUGGCGGUCUCUUCUUUGCCGUUGGCAUCGCACAAUACGCCCUGUUAGGAUACUUCAUCCGCUCCUGGAGGACCCUAGCCAUUCUGGUCAACCUUCAGGGAACAGUAGUCUUUCUCUUGUCUUUAUUCAUUCCUGAAUCACCUCGUUGGUUGUACUCCCAGGGUCGGCUGAGUGAGGCGGAGGAGGCCCUGUACCUCAUUGCCAGGAGGAACCGCAAGCUCAAGUGCACGUUCUCACUAACACAUCCGGCCAACAGGAGCCUCAGGGAAACAGGAAGCUUCCUGGAUCUGUUCCGUUACCGGGUCCUCCUAGGACACACUCUGAUCCUGAUGUUCAUCUGGUUUGUGUGCAGCUUGGUGUACUAUGGCCUUACCUUGAGUGCGGGUGACCUAGGAGGAAGCAUUUAUGCCAACCUGGCUUUAUCUGGCCUCAUAGAGAUUCCAUCCUACCCUCUCUGCAUCUACCUGAUUAACCAAAGAUGGUUUGGUCGGAAGCGGACACUAGCGGCGUUUCUGUGCCUUGGAGGACUGGCCUGUCUUAUUGUGAUGUUUCUUCCAGAAAAAAAAGACACAGGUGUGUUUGCCGUGGUCAACAGCCACUCCUUGUCCCUGCUGGGAAAGCUGACCAUCAGCGCUGCCUUCAACAUUGUUUACAUCUACACCUCUGAGCUGUACCCCACUGUCAUCCGAAACGUUGGCCUCGGAACGUGCUCCAUGUUCUCCCGAGUUGGUGGGAUCAUUGCUCCCUUCGUCCCCUCCCUGAAGGACGUGCAGUGGUCCCUGCCCUUCAUCGUGUUUGGAGCCACAGGCCUGACCUCAGGCCUCCUGAGCCUGCUCUUGCCAGAGACUCUGAACAGUCCUUUGCUGGAGACAUUCUCUGAUCUUCAAAUGUACUCGUAUCGGCGGUUAGGGGAGGAAGCGCUGUCUCUACAGACCUUGGAUCCUCCACAGCCCCUGGGCAAGGCCAGCAGCUUGGGGAGCGAGAGUGAGGAGGAGGAGGAAGAGUUCUAUGAUGCAAAUGAGGAGACACAGAUGAUCAAGUGAGGAGCC